GACUCCUGCGGUGAUGGCGGUUCUGUCGGGUCUAGAGGAGACCUGGCGUUGAGGGCGGCAGUUACCCGAAGCCCAAAUCUGCCGCUUCAGCCAGGCCCAAGUCUGGCGUGAGGACCCAGAAGAUCCCACAAAGGGCCUGCAGACGCAGUACAGUGACGCGUGGCCUCCCUGUGCAGUCAGGGUCUCACCCAGCCUCCCGCCCUCCAUGUGUCCCUCGGUAUGCAGAAUGGCCCCCGGGAAGUUGACAGUGCCUUGGAUCCAGUCCUGAGAAUCAAGUCAAGUGACACACCAAGACGUUUGCCAAUAAAAAUAUCACCAAAGUUUGAAGAAAAAAAUCACCUUCAGGAAAUGCUGGUAGUAUGGCAUGUGCAUGUGGAAGUUCAAAAAUCUCUAGAGCAGACAGUCUUGUUUUAGGAGCUAUCCAGAUUAUGAUUGGCAUCUUUCAUGUCUUGAUGUGGUAUUUCCUUUUGGUUUUGUACAUGGGACAAGUCAAAGGAGUCUUUGGAACUUAUGAACCUAUAACUUACAAAGCAGGAUGUGCUUUAUGGGGAGUUAUGUUUAUCAUUUCAGGAGCUGUCAUAAUAAGAUCAGCAAAUCAUCCAACUCAGUGCAUGGCUAUGACUGCAUUGAUCAUGAACAUCUUCUCCAUACUCGUUACAAUUGUUGCAGUAAUUCUGGUAAUAGUUGAGUUGUCAAGUUUCAAAUCUGUGUCAUAUAGGAAUUAUGGACAAGCGAAACUUGGGAGGGAAGUCUCCCGCAUCUUGCUGUACUCCUAUCCACUGGAAUUUAUUAUUGCACUUACAUACUCAAUCUGCAGCUGUUCACACUUGAGUAAGAAAAAACGAGAAAGACCACCUCCCUCACCUCCUCCUCGUACACCUGUUACAGAGGACCGCGAGAGCAACGUAUCAAGAGCUUAACAGUACAAGAUUUUGAUUGGCGCUGAUACCUGCUGUGGAUCCUCAUGAGGCUUUGUGCAAAAUAAAAACACAAAAC